AUGCUCUUACGUGCAAUUCAUCUCCUCACCCUCAGUGCUGUAGCUGUUUGGGCCCAGCAAGCUCCCCUCGCCGGUAGCAAGGGAAGCUGCCUCUCCUCCUCCAACGCCAACAGAGCCGCCGCCCUCUCCACAUGCUGCCCAACUCCAGCCACCGAGGGCAAGGGUACCGUCGACGGCACCGUCUUCACCUAUACCUGCGGCAAAUACGCCUCCCCGUACGAGAGCUCUGGCCAGAACACCGCCAGCCCGCGCGACUGCGCCCAGCUCUGCGCGCAUGACCCGACCUGCGUCGCGGCCACCUGGGCCAGCAUCAACGGGCUAUGCUACGUAACCAGAGAGGGCACCUCAUUCGGGCCCAAGCUCGGCAAGAGUUUUAUCCUCAUAGCCAAGACCGAGGAGACGCCCACCGACGACCCGUCUGUAGCGGACCCGGCCGCCAUCGCGCAGUGUAACAACGAGAAGGACGCCAUUCGCCGGGAGAUGACGAACCAGUGCGAGAUGGAGGUGCAGGGGCAGAAGGCGGCGCACCAGAGCGCGCUGAGGCAGGCGGAGGACCGCUGUAAGGAGGAGAAGGCGCAGUGCGAGGCGGACAAGAGCCGGCAGGUGACGGCGGCUCGGGACCAGUGCAAUGCGGACAAGGCCGGGCUGGAGCAUGACCGGGAGAUGUGCGAAGAGGAGAAGAGCCAGCAGAGUCAGGAGUGUAGGUCUCAGGUGGAUGGCUUGCAGAAGCAGGUGCAGGAUCUCGAAGACCAGGUGAGGUCCGGGUCCGACUCUGGCUCCGGAUCGGGCACGGGCUCGGGAUCAGGUUCUGGGUCCGGUACUGGAUCCGGCACCGGCUCGGGUUCAGGCAGCGGCACCGGCUCGAGCUCUGGAUCAGGCUCGAACACGUUCCUUCAGGCUGGCGAUUCAGACUGCGAAAACAUCAGUACCUUCGCCAAUUGCAAGCCCGGAUGCAAGAGAUUCGCCAUCGACGGGGUGCCGUACGAGCUCAGAUGCAAUGCCUUUGCCCAACGGACGGCAUUGCAGAAAUCGAACGCAUACGCUACGAUCAACGAAUGCUUGGCAUACAAGUGCAACAAGGAAUCGAACUGCCUGGGAGUUGGAUGGCAGCCCAACGGCUGGUGCGUGUUCCAUUACCCAGCUAAGCCAGGAUUGCCGGCCAACGUUGUGCCGGCUGGCGGCAAUCGCCAUAACGUGAUGAAGGUCAACCCUUAA